AUGGGUAUGAUUGGUCAAUUAGGUGGUCAAGAAUUAAAUUUUCAGAUGUUUAGAAACACUUCUGAUGCUCAAGAUGAUGGUGAUGAUAAUUGCCAGGAUUCAGAUGAAGACAUAGAAGAACUAGCAGAAGGAAUAUCUGUAGAACAAUUCGGAGAUGGAUGUGCUGAAGAAAAUAGUGGAUGGACUGAAAAAUCAUUUGCAAAGGUGCUUGAAUUGUUAGGUCGGGCAUUUGGUGAACAGUCAUCUUGGCCAAAAUCUUCUUAUGAGGCAAAGAAAAUCAUUAAGACCUUAGGUCUUAAUUAUGAGAAAAUCCAUGUUUGUAAACAAGAUUGCAUGUUGUUUUGGAGAGAGUAUGCAAGUGCAGAAUCAUGUCAUAUUUGUGGUACUUCUCGUUGGGUGGAUAGCACAAAGAAAAGAGCCGUGAAGGUGUUACGGUGGUUACCCGAAGGUCAUUUGUUUCGUUAUCAAAAACAAUUAUUUGAUGGCACCGAAGAAGCAAGGCUACCACCAAAGCGAGCAAGUGGAAGUGAUGUGUUGAAUCAGUUAGAUGGGCUUCAAUUCACUUUUGGAAAAUUUAAGAAGAAAAAAGUUGUUAAAGACAUCAAAGUGCCUGAUGGUUAUGCUUCAAACAUUUCAAGAUGUGUAAACCUACAAGAGCGCAAGAUUGGUGGUCUUAAAAGCCAUGAUUGUCAUGUUUUGGUUCAAGACAUCCUUCCAUUAGCUUUACGAGCUUGCAAUCCACCCAAGGAAGUCAUUCAAGUUGUAAGUGAAUUGGCAACAAUUUUCAAAUCACUUUGUUCUAAAGUGGUGGAUGUGAAUGAGCUUGAAGAGCUUCAAAAUCAAAUUGUUAUGACAAUUUGUCAAAUGGAGAAGAUUUUUCUUCCAUCAUUUUUUACUAUUAUGGUACAUUUAAUCAUUCAUUUGGUGGAAGAAAUGAAACUUGGUGGACCAAUUAAUUUUAGAUGGAUGUAUCCUUUUGAAAGGUUCUUCAUGCGUUUCAAAUCUUAUGUUAAAAAUCGAACUCAUCCUGAAGGUUCCAUUGCUGAAGGAUAUAUAGCUGAAGAAUGUUUGACAUUUUGUUCACGAUAUCUUCAAGGGGUUGAAACAAAAUUCAACCGACCAAUGAGAAAUCCAAACCCGCCUACAAAUGACCAAGUAAAAUACUUAUUCUCUAGUGUUGGUCAACAUAUAGGGAAGAUUGAAGAAAUUGUUUUAGAUGAAAUUUCCUUGGUUCAAGCGCAUCGUUAUGUCCUUCGUCAUUGUGAUGACAUUGAGAAUUUUCGUAGAGAGUUCAUUGAAUUGGAAAAAAGAAAGCGACGUCGACAUUCUCGUCUUUCUGAAGUUGAAUUAGAGAAGUUAGUGAAUGAAAAUUUUCAUUUGUGGUUUCGAAGCAAGGUUUUUGGAAAAAGAUUAUCCGGAUAUUCCGUAAGAGUUGUGGCUCUUGGUGUGGGACCCUAA